AUCAUCCUAAUCCCCUCAUCCACUCUGCUCCGAGCCUCCGCCCACUGCUGCCUCGCUCCGACGCUCUCUCCGGCUACUCUCCCCCUUCUCCUCCAAUCCAUCUGCAAGCACAAUUUUUCACCCAAUUCCGUCGAUUUGCCUUCCCUUGGAUUGGGGCCUUCUUCAGGAUCAACAAAGAGAGUCUCCUCGUAUUGAUGAAAUAUUUUGAUUUCGUUACCAUUCGCGACGGCCAUGGCUACAGUUUGGAGCGGCUGCAGCACGAGCUCCGCCUUCGGCCAAGAGCUCCCCCCGCGCGGCAGUCGAGGAGAUCGUUGUGGAACAAGAUUCCGUCCGCGAAGCAGAGGCCGGAUCAGUGGUGACGCCCGCCAGGUACAAGCUCUAAGCCCCGCCAUGGUUACGGCGGGAGCGUGCAUUUGUAGGGCGGCUCCAUGCUUACUUGAGUCGGAGGUCGGCGGCAAAGAGGACGCUGGCGUAGCGAUUUUGGGCGUCGAUGGUGAACCACACGGUGCUGAUGGCCAUGAUGGCGGCAAGAGGCGCGGGCUGCGUCGGCGUCCGAUGAGACAGCCGGCUGUUGGGGAGAAGGCCGGAGUGGGCGCAGGAAGUGCUCCGCCGGCGACGACGGCGGAGCUGGACAUGAAAUCUGAGCAUGGUGGGUCGAGGCUGCACUUCUUGGAGGAGAGGAAUGAGGAGACGCUGUCGAGAAGGUUAAUAAAGCUCUGCCAAUCGAACAAGGUCAGGAGUGCCACUGAGCUGUUCGACUCAAUGCGCGCGUCUGGGCUGCAGCCAAGCGCGCAUGCCUGCAAUUCCCUCUUGGCUUGCUUCGUGCGAAGAAGUUCUUUGGCGGAUGCGAUGAGGAUGUUUGAGUUCAUGAAGGGGAAACGAAUGGCAACAGGGCACACAUAUACAUUGAUACUCAAGGCUGUUGCAAGCAAUGGGGGUUAUGUUUCUGCAUUAGAAAUGUUCAAUGAGAUUGAAGAGGAGGAAGAUUCAAAGAAAAAUGUUGAUGUGAUCGUUUAUAAUACAAUGAUAUCUGUGUGUGGUAGAGCAAAAGACUGGAUGCUUGUGGAGAGACUAUGGAGAAGGCUGGAGGAAAAUUCUUUGAGUGGAACUUUGCUGACAUAUGAUUUGUUAGUCAGCAUAUUCGUGCAAUGUGGACAGUGUGAGUUAGCAAUUGCCGCUUAUCAGGAAAUGCUCCAGAAUGGACUUGAUCCGAGCGAAGACAUAAUGAAGGCUAUCAUUGCAUCUUGCACCAAAGAGGGGAAGUGGGACUUUGCACUGGCCACGUUUAGCAGAAUGCUUAGUGCUGGAAUGACGCCAAAUAUCAUUUUGUUCAAUUCAACGAUCAACGCACUCGGGAAGGCUGGUCAAGAUGAACUUGCAUUCAGGAUGUACCAUCUACUAACAUCUUCCGGCUUUAAGCCUGAUCAAUAUACAUGGAGUGCAUUGCUGUCAGCAUUAUAUAAGUCUGGGCGAUGUUGGGAUGUCCUAGAGCUUUUCCAAGGAAUUAAGGCCAAGCAUCCGACGCUCUUAAAUGAUCAUCUCUACAACAUUGCUUUGAUGUCGUGCGAAAGGCUUGGUCAAUGGGAACAUGGUUUGCAGUUGUUGUGGAUGAUGGAAAAAAGUGGACUGAAAGUAUCAGUGGUAUCUUACAAUCACGUGAUAGGUGCUUGUGAGGUUGCUAGCAAGCCAAAAGUUGCUCUUCAAGUGUACCGGCGUAUGAUUAACCAAAGGUGUUUGCCAGACACAUUCACACAUUUAUCUGUUAUACGAGCUUGCAUCUGGGGAUCUCUUUGGAAUGAAGUAGAGGAUAUAUUAGAGGAGGUGGAUCCAGAUUCUUCAGUCUACAACACCGUCAUCCACGGGCUGUGUCUGCGAGGCAAGAUCGGGCUAGCCAACAAGGUUUACGCGAAGAUGCGAGGCAUUGGGCUGGUGCCUGAUGGCAAGACGAGGGCGUUCAUGCUUCAGCACAUUGCAACGGACUGACACUGGACUGAAUGGGAUGGACUGCUGUGCACAGUUUCAGAUAUCUGCACAAAUGCUCCGAUUUGUAAUAUUUGUUCGAUGAUUCUACUGCUUCCCUCGGUAUCGCCUGCCUGAGCUUCUCUGCACAAUCUCGCGGGGAUGAGUUCCUUUGUGCGUGCCCGCUGCCCCCUUCGCGCCGGAACGAUACGGAGCUACGAGCACCGUGACUAAGAAAUGAACACGCUAAUCGGCAGAAAAAAAAGUGCGCUGGCCUGUUA